AUGGAAAGGCAAGACUUUGCUCUACAACAUACACGAAGUAGAUGCCGAGUGGGAGCUGAUAGAUGUGGCGUUCGAUCAUGGUCUCACCACCUCCGAGCUUUCAACAAAACGGCUGAUGCUGUUGCCAAUCUGGCAAUGGACACGACCUGCAGCAGACAGUUCUCACAUUUGAAUUCGGGGUAG